UCACACACACGUCCCUGUUCUCAUCAUGGCUAUGCAUGGUACUUUGAAGAUAUUAAAUGAAGUAUAAAAUCCACUGAUCAGUGUUGGUUGUAAAUGAAUAGAAAUGAGCUAAAAUAACUGAAUUCUGGUGAAGAAAUGAGGGAUGUUGUGUGAAUCUGACUUCUGUCAUCAGACUGGUUCUCCUCAGCUCUGCGCUGCCUCGCAGGUGAUUGCUGUAACUCGACUCACCUGCUGAAAAAAUUGCAGUUUGAGCUCAGUGUCCUGUUCUGUUUACUGCUGGGCAUUUACUGAUGAAAGCCUGCAGCUGCCAGUUUAUAUUUAGAUGAUCCUGUUUGACCUUUGCCAUGUGGAAUCAAGGCUGCAGUCAUUCCAUUGUUGGAACCUCAAGCUACAAAACUGCACCAUCAAAGAAAGCCCACCUUGAGAUUUUUCCCUGCACCGUAUCUCAGCUGCUGGCUGCUGCUCAACUCAGCAAUGAUUGCUUCACUAUCUGCAACUGUGAGCUCAAACAGGUUUCUGUUGUUGGAAUCAUCAGAGGAUUUGCUCCAUUUGUGACCAACGUUCAGUACUCUGUGGAUGACAUGACUGGUCCACCCCUGAAUGUAAAGCGUUGGGUUAACGUGGAGGACUGUUCGCUGAUGACCAUAGCUUCUCCAGGAACGUAUGCGAAGGUGAUUGGAAGCCUACACAGCUACAGUCAGGGACAAAGGUCAUUACUGGCAAUGGAAAUCCGAUGUAUAAAGGACCUGAAUGAGAUCAGCUCCCACAUGUUGGAAGUGGUACAAGCUCAUAUGAAGCUUUUCGGAAAGGUUUUUGAUGUGAACAUGAACACCACUGUGGUGCCGGAGCCUGACUGGAGCAGUGGGAUGGAUCCACAAGAUGUUUUACCAAAUGGUUUGUCCACAGUCCAGGGACAGAAUUGCUGCUGUGUUUAGGACCAGUGUCCUGUAGGUGACCCUGUUUGGGUCAAGCUUUGAAUGUGGGACAGAUGACUUCACAUUUGACUCUAAGGUAGUUCGUGGUUGACUUGACAACUGCAAGCGUCUACAGCGGCUCUUUGAAGAAACCUGUAUAAAAUGAGCUACAACAACAAUUCAUUUCCCUUUUGGGAUGAGUAAAGUAUUUUUGAAUUGAAUUAAAGGUGCCUAAAUCCUUGGCUUCAAAACAAGCCAAAAUCCUCACUCUUUCACCACCAUGAUAGAAAUGAUCUUACAAACCUUCUCAGAUUGAUCUGCAGUAGCAAUUGCUUUUCUAAGCUCAUUGCCAUUGUCUUUCCAUCCUGGCAUUGUGACACUUGUAUACUCUAGACCAAGAAACAACCAAAACACCUGUUGGUGAUGUUUGCUAGUAAUUAAUGAAGUGCAUUUUAUUAUAGUUUUACAGUAUAGUAUUACAGAAAUGUCUUAAAUAUGCUUUAGAAAUGUAUUUUUUGGUUUCCAGAUGUCUCCUGUAUGAAUAAACUAGUCACAUCCA